CUCUCUCUAUCUUUCCCUGUAGGUGGCCCAUGCCGGCACACAAUUGUGUACAAUGGCGCAUAAGCUGCACGAAGUUGAACGUUGCCUGGACUGUAACAACCUUGAGGAAAUUGAUGAUAUGUGUGUUUUAGAAUUAUUGGAAUCGAUGUCAGAGGUACGUAAUGAAUAUAUAAAUUUACGUAAAGAUAUACAGGAAGUGCAACAGUUACAACGUGACGUCACCACCUCAAUACGCGGUCAAAUGCGUAACAUGCAUCAAACGUAUCAAAUGUUAAAGAAGAGAUUAGAAAUCAAGGCACAAAAAAAUUAG